AUGGACGUUGUUUUUUUCGCGCCGCACUGUUUCAAAUACUUUGGUACUGUUUUAGCUGCGAUGCUCUUGAUUGGGGGUACCGGCGAUUUGAAGGUGGGGGGAGCCGCUUCGGCGCAUCUUGACAGUCACGGCGCUAAAGUGUGGUCUCCAUCGCGGUCCACCGACAAUGAUUACAGUCAAGUCUUCGUCAUCUUGAGAGAUUGGCUUCAGGCUGAAUCCUCUGCGUCUUCUUCAGAAAUUGCGAGCAAGAUUGAUGCCUACCACGAGAAGGCCUUCGAAGAAGAAAAGCAACUCCCAAAGGAAGAGAAGGAACGUGUGGAAUUGGACCCUGAUGGGUGCUAUGGGCCAUUGUGGGAGAUUUGGAUAGCUUUCAUCGUGAUUGUGGAGCAGGUUCCUCACAAUCAUGUUGCCCAAGAUAAGCUGGUCGAUGUUAUAAAGGGACUGAAGGGCUUGACAGGCCGCAAGGUCGAACUCGAAGGGGCCGAUUUAGAUGUGUGGAAAGCGCUGCCUAUAUUUGAUAGCUGCAUACGCGAUUACUAUCAACCACAUCUAAAUACAGAAAAUGCCGUGUCACCCGAAGAGGCUCAAAAGUGGCGCAACGUAACAUCAUUCGUGGCACGUUGUUGGAAAACUGGCUUUUUCAACGCGUCCCGACAGGCGCUAUACUUACUGCGCGCUACACUUGAGCAACCAGUCAAGGAGACAUUGGCCUUGGAGCAAGUACUUCCCAUAGCAUCGGAAUGGAUUGUGCAUAGCCGGGCUGCGCUCCACGAAACUGUCCAGUCAACAGAUAGCGGGGAAGAAAUUCAAGGGCAAAGUGCUGGUACACUCUACCAAGGGCCAAAUAAGCUCUGUGUGGAGAGGUGGGAAUUCUGGAAGGGUCGGUUUGAAGAGGUUGCUGGCCAACUUCAGGGAGACAUCAAGGAACUUGCCUUGCAUUGUGCAUCGGAGAUGGGGAGCAUUUCCAACUAG